ACAUCAGACUUUAAAUGCUGCAUCCAUCUAUAGCUGAAGUUCCGCUCAAAUCUGAGCUGCAGGUUAAUGAUUUGCCGGUUAUCUCGUACUUAGUACUUGAGCGUGGAGUUUGGAGUCUGCCCUCCCCUUCAGAUAAAACCCAACGGGAGAGGAUCGGACUUGCUUUGCCUUUCUUUUUGGCCCUUUUGUGCCACUUCGGCCGCUGACUCUGCUGUGUGGGUUUGAAUCAUCCGGCAGCAGGGAGAGGACACACGAUGUUGGCCCUGGUCGUCUUCUUGCUUUGUGCAGCCUCCACCGUCUCAGCAUCUACCAAAGGUGUUGCUGCUGGACCCCGGCUGAACAACAACCAGCUGUACAAACUCCGCUACACCACCGAGGUCCUGCUGGACAGGGCCAGGGGGUCGAGAGAGGGCAGCACCGGCUACAGGAUCUCCAGUGAUGUGGCCAUCCAUCUGGUUUGGAGAGGGCCGAGCAGCAAGGACGAUCAGCUGAUUCAGCUGGCGAUCUCAAAUGUGAGGCUUGAGCCUGCAGCAGAGAGACCAGAGAAGAAGAACGUCCUCCACGGAGCUACAACUGAAAGCAUCUUGGGGAAAAACAAACUGGCGGCUCUGACAAAACCUUUCUUAGUGCAUUUGAAAAACGGAAAGACGAAAGCAUUUUAUUCCUACUGGGCAGAACCUGCAACCAUCAAGAAUCUAAAGCGAGGUCUUGUGAGCUUAUUGCAGUUUCAGCUCUAUUCUGGGAAGGUUGUGGAGAAUGAUGUGUCUGGGAGGUGUACGGUUCAGUAUCAGGCAACACAAGGUCAAGUAACAAGAACCAAGCUUCUGGAGACGUGCAAGGCUUCAGAGGCCGGAUUUACCACUCAUAGUAAAGUGUUGGGUGUGAGCAAGAAGUCCAGUUCUGUUACAGUGUUCAGGCUUGAAGAUGGUUUCAUCAAAACUGCUGAAGCUGAAGAAACACACACACUGGCAGUGAAUGCUCGAAGAUCUGCUGCCACUAAAGUCACAUCACGGCAAACCCUGGUGCUGGUCGGUAAAGACGCUGGACCACCUGAGCGUGCUGGCAAAGAUGUCACUGGGGUCGUCAAGUCAAUCGAUGACAAACUGGCAGCUGUUGGUAUUGCUGCUGAAAAGGUCAAAUCCAAAUGCAAAGGAUGUCCUUCACUUCUUGAACAUUGGCAGGCGGUGCAGAAGCAGCUGGAGCCAGCUAGCCUGUCCAAAGCCACGGCUCCUCGCAGCUUCCUGGCCCUCAUCCAGAGCAUUAGGAAGGCGUCCAAGGACGAGAUCCUCAAAGUGCUGAAGAGUGCCAGCAAGACAGCUCUACCUCAGGCAGUGGAUGCUGUGACUUCUUCUCAAACUCCGGCAUCGCUGGAUGCCAUGCUGGAGUUCCUCAAUUUCACCGAUGCCAAGGGUUUGGUUCUGCAGGAGCGGUUCCUCUACGCCUGUGGCUUUGCAUCACAUCCUAAUGAGAGGAUGCUGCAAGCUCUGCUGGAUAUUAAUAAAGGAAAGAUCGGCAGCAGAGACAUCAAAGAAUCUGUGGUGAUCAUUAUGGGAGCACUGGUCCACAAGCUGUGUCUGAAGGGAAGCUGCAGUUUACCAGCAGUGAUGCAAGCUAAAAAGCUGAUUUUAGAAGGCCCUGAGAGCACAAAAGAUGAGGCGGAAGUGCAGAUGUACCUCCUGGCACUGAAGAACUGUCUCCUCCCUGAAGCCAUCCCCAUCCUCACCAAAUUUGCAGAGUCAGAGGUGGGGUCUUACAGCAUCAUUGCCUUGACUGCUCUGCAGAGAUACGAUGUUGGUCUCAUGACCAGUGAGGUUAAACAGACGGUGAACAGGGUUUACCACCAAAAUCUACGGAUUUAUGAGAAGAACGUGAGAGCCGCUGCGGCAGACGUCAUCCUCAGCAGCAACCCCUCAUACAUGGAGGUCAAGAAUCUGCUCCUGUCCAUCGGAAACCUGCCGCAUGAAAUGAACAAAUACAUGCUGUCAAAGAUCCAGGACAUCCUUCGCUUCGAAAUGCCUGCCAGCAAAGUUAUUCAACAAGCUAUGAAAGACAUGAUUUCCCACAACUAUAACCGCUUUGCCAAAGUCGGUUCAUCGUCUGCAUUCUCGGGUUUCAUGGCACGAUCUGCUGAUCUGACCUCCACCUACAGUUUGGACAUCCUGUAUUCAGGCUCUGGGAUCAUGAGAAGCAGCAACAUGAAUAUUUAUGGUUCUAGUAAUGGAGCAAUGCUACAUGGACUACAGGUGGCGAUUGAGGCUCAAGGUCUGGAGUCUCUGAUUGCUGCGACACCAGACGCGGGGGAGGAGGACCUGGAGUCAUUCGCCGGCAUGUCAGCUCUGCUCUUUGAUGUCCAGCUGCGACCGGUCACGUUUUUCAAGGGUUACAGUGACCUCAUGUCCAAGAUGUUCUCCAUGACGGGAGAUCCCAUAAACGUAGUGAAGGGUCUCAUCCUGCUAACUGAUCACUCCGAGGUCAUUCAGCUGCAGUCUGGUCUGAAAGUGAGCUCAGAGUUUCAAGGAGGGUUAGCUAUCGAUAUUUCUGGAGGGAUGGAGAUAAGUCUGUGGUACAGGGAGUCCAAGACCAGCGUCAACAACAGAGGAGCACUAGUGGUUGCUGGGAACGUCACGGUAGACAUGGACUUCCUGAGGGCUGGUGUGGAGGUCAGCUUUGAGACGGAGGCGUCGCUGGACUUUAUCACCACGGUGCAGUUCUCUGAAUACCCCUUCCUGGUGUGCAUGCAGAUGGAUAAGGCUACCUUUCCUUUCAGGGAAUUUCUUUCCAAGUAUGAAAGCACGUCUUCGGGGAAGAUUGUCACAUCCCGUAGGAGCAGAAAGCAACUCGUCCCUGGAUCAGAAUUCCCUCUUCAUCAGGAAAACUCAAACAUGUGCAACAAGGUGUUUGACUCCAGCUGGUAGAGAGGACAAAUAUCUCACCCUUCCAGUGGAAAAACGGGUCUUUAUUUCUCAAACUGACCGAUUCUAAAGAAGAACAGUGGUGAAUUAUUAUUAUUAUUAGUAUUUUAUUUUGGCGGUAUUUGUAAUGUUUUCCUGUGUGUAUAUUUAAAGAAUUGUAAUUCAUUAUUGUUGUUUCAAAUCAGAAAUGAUUACCAUGCGUUUUUGUGGAUUUCAUUAAGAAAUGUAUUUAUGAUGGGCACAUACAUUAGUGUAUAUUUCGUUGUGUUCUCACAAUAUGAUCACUGUAGCUUCCCCAACAAGAAACGUGGUAAAUAUCCCGCUGGAGUUAGGAAAAACAUUCCCAUUCUGGCUGCAUUAUUCUUUAUAUGUUAAUAAGGAGUUGUUUAUCAUUUUAUGCCACUGUUUACACAUUUAGGAAGUUUAUUUCCUUAUCUUUCUUGUUUGGUUCUGACAAAAGUGAAACAUGUUGGGUUUUACUUUUUACAUGCAAGAUGAGACCUUAAAUAUGAAUCUAACAAGAUUAGAAUUUUGCUGAUUUUGUGUUUUACAAUCCUGCUAUUUAUAAUUCUGAUGAAUUUUUUAAAUGAAAGACAAUAAAUGUGCCCUGAAAACA